AUGGCUUCAAAUUCAGAUCAGCAAGAUUCAGAAUUAUCUGAAAAUCUAGAGAAGCUAGGAGUUGAAAGUAAAAUUCAAAAGCGUGUCACGUUUUCGGACGAACUACAUCUGCUGAGUAAACCACCAGACACACACAGACACUUUUUCAUGAUGGAAAGUAGUACGGGAAGUUCAGAACAAAAGCCAAAUUUCCUUGUUGGCGGUGAUAAUGGAUAUGAUGAGAUUGAAGAAAAAGACAUUUUUCCACCAGAAGAUAUAACCGGCUCAUUAGCAAAACAGUUGUCUGAUGCCGCACUGAUCGAUAAACGAAGGAGAUUAAGACCAAGUAUGAGUCAUGGAACGGGUUUGGGAAGAGUUUACAGUGAUCGUGAUUUUUUGCUCGCAACCACAGAGGAGUUUGUUAAAAGAUUUGGCGGUAAUCGUGUGAUUAACAAAGUCCUAAUUGCUAAUAAUGGAAUUGCUGCUGUCAAAUGUAUGCGUUCUGUUCGACGUUGGUCGUAUGAGAUGUUUAAAAACGAAAGAGCUGUUCGUUUUGUUGUUAUGGUGACGCCUGAAGAUUUAAAAGCUAAUGCUGAAUAUAUUAAAAUGGCAGAUCAUUAUGUACCUGUUGCUGGAGGUAGCAAUAAUAAUAACUACGCAAAUGUUGAAUUGAUUGUUGAUAUUGCAUUGAGAACACAAGUUCAGGCAAUUUGGGCAGGUUGGGGACAUGCUUCUGAAAAUCCUAAGCUUCCGGAACUGCUUCAUAAGCAUGGCAUUGUUUUUCUUGGACCACCAGAACGAGCAAUGUGGGCAUUAGGAGAUAAAGUAGCAUCAUCAAUUGUCGCUCAAACGGCUGACAUUCCAACAUUGCCAUGGUCUGGAUCGGAAUUGAAAGCACAAUACAGUGGAAAGAAGAUUAAAAUUUCAACAGAAUUAUUUAAUCGCGGAUGUGUCAGUACUGCUGAACAAGGAUUAAUUGCAGCAACCAAAAUCGGAUAUCCAGUUAUGAUCAAAGCCAGUGAAGGAGGUGGUGGAAAAGGAAUCAGAAGAGUUGAUACACCUGAAGAAUUUCCAGCAUUAUUUCGUCAAGUUCAAGCUGAGGUUCCUGGUUCUCCGAUUUUUGUGAUGAAAUUAGCAAAGGGUGCAAGACAUUUAGAAGUUCAAUUGCUUGCUGAUCAAUAUGGAAAUGCGAUUAGUUUAUUUGGAAGGGAUUGUAGUAUUCAACGUCGUCAUCAGAAAAUUAUUGAAGAAGCUCCAGCUGUUAUUGCAGAUCCUGAGAUAUUUGAAGAUAUGGAAAAAUCAGCUGUAAGAUUAGCAAAAAUGGUCGGAUAUGUUAGUGCAGGAACUGUUGAAUAUCUUUAUGAACCAACUGAAGGAAGAUAUUAUUUCCUUGAACUCAAUCCUCGUUUACAAGUAGAGCAUCCAUGUACUGAAAUGGUUGCCGAUGUAAAUUUGCCAGCAUGUCAGUUACAAAUUGGUAUGGGAAUUCCUCUGUAUCGCAUUAAAGAUAUUCGUUUAUUAUAUGGUGAAUCACCUUGGGAUUCUACAGUCAUUGACUUUGACAAUCCUCAAAAUAAGCCGAGACCUUGGGGUCAUGUAAUUGCAGCUAGAAUAACAUCUGAAAAUCCCGACGAAGGUUUUAAACCAUCUUCAGGAACUGUCCAAGAAUUGAACUUCCGUUCUAGUAAAAAUGUUUGGGGAUAUUUUAGUGUUGCAGCUUCUGGUGGAUUGCAUGAAUUUGCUGAUUCGCAAUUUGGUCAUUGUUUCUCCUGGGGCGAAAAUCGUAAUCAGGCACGCGAAAAUUUAGUUAUUGCAUUAAAGGAAUUAUCAAUUCGUGGAGAUUUCAGAACGACUGUUGAAUAUCUUAUCACUCUCUUGGAAGCCAAUCGUUUUCUCGAUAACACAAUAGAUACAGCAUGGCUUGAUGCAUUGAUUGCUGAAAGAGUCAAAUCCGAAAAGCCUGAUGUGCUGUUAGGUGUUAUUUGUGGUUCAUUGCACAUUGCUGAUCGUCAAAUAACGGAAGCAUUUAGGAGUUUCCAAACUUCAUUAGAGAAAGGUCAAAUUCAGGCAGCUAACAUGCUAACGAACGUUAUUGAUGUUGAACUCAUUUCAGAAGCAAUCAAGUAUAAAGUUCAAGCCGUUAAAAGUGGAGAAAAUUCUUACUUUUUAGUUAUGAAUGGAUCUUUCAAGGAAGUUGAUGUUCAUCAUUUAGCUGACGGUGCUAUGUUAAUUUCUAUGGACGGUGCAAGUUACACCACGUAUAUGAAGGAAGAAGUUGAUCGUUAUCGUAUAAUAAUUGGAAACCAAACGUGUAUAUUCCAAAAAGAAAAUGAUCCAUCUUUAAUGAGAAGUCCAAGCGCCGGAAAAUUGAUUAAUUUAUUGAUUGAAGAUGGUGGAUAUGUUAAUAAGGGUCAACCUUAUGCUGAAAUUGAGGUCAUGAAAAUGGUUAUGACAUUGACAAGUCAAGAAAAUGGAACCAUUACAUUUGUUAAAAGACCAGGAGCUGUACUUGAAGCUGGAAGUUUGAUUGGAAGUUUGGAACUUGAUGAUCCAUCAUUAGUCACAAAAGCUCAACUAUAUCGAGGCACGUGGCCAGUCAAUGAUAAUAUUCAUGUUCCCGAGAAACUUAAUCGUGUUCAUAAUAACUACAAAUCAAUUUUGGAAAAUACACUUAAUGGAUAUUGCUUGCCUGAUCCGUACAACGCUGCUCGAUUGCGUGAGAUUAUUGAAAAGUUUAUGCAAAGCUUGAGAGAUCCAUCAUUGCCAUUGCUUGAACUCCAGGAAGUUAUUGCUAGCAUUUCUAAUAGAAUUCCAGUUUCGGUUGAAAAGAAGAUCCGUAAAUUGAUGACACUUUAUGAACGAAAUAUUACAAGCGUUUUGGCUCAAUUCCCAUCUCAACAAAUUGCUUCUGUGAUUGAUAUGCAUGCAGCUACUCUCCAAAAAAGAUCUGAUCGUGAUGUCUUCUUUUUGACGACACAAGGAAUUGUACAAUUAGUACAAAGAUAUCGUAAUGGAAUUCGUGGACGUAUGAAAGCAGCUGUACAUGAGCUUUUACGUCAAUAUUAUUCAGUCGAAAGUCAGUUUCAGCAUGGUCAUUACGAUAAAUGUGUUGCACAAAUUCGUGACCAAAAUAAGGAUGAUAUGAAAACUGUUGUAAAUACAAUUUUUUCGCAUAGUCAAGUUGCUAAAAAGAAUCUCCUUGUUACUCUUUUGAUUGAUCAUUUAUGGAGCAAUGAACCUGGACUGACUGAUGAAUUGGCAGCCACACUGAGUGAAUUGACAUCACUAAAUCGUGCAGAACAUUCAAGAGUUGCUUUGAGAGCUCGACAAGUUUUAAUUGCUGCUCAUCAGCCAGCUUACGAAUUAAGACACAAUCAAAUGGAAUCAAUUUUCUUAUCAGCUGUUGAUAUGUAUGGACAUGAUUUCCAUCCUGAAAACUUGCAACGAUUAAUUUUAUCAGAAACAUCUAUUUUUGAUAUUUUACAUGACUUUUUCUACCAUACUAAUCGCGCUGUUUGCAAUGCAGCACUUGAAGUUUAUGUUCGCCGUGCGUAUACGUCUUAUGAUUUGACAUGCUUACAACAUCUCGAAUUGAGCGGAGAAGUUCCUCUUGUUCAUUUCCAAUUUCUAUUACCGUUUGCACAUCCAAAUCGUGUGACAAUUGAUGGUACUAUUAGUAGUAGUUUUAUGAGAACUGGCUGUAUGGCAGCUUUUGAUUCUUUUGAUCAUUUCCAACAAUAUUCUGAUGAGAUUUUGGAUUUACUUGAAGACUUAUCGUCACCAAAUUAUGUAAAUUCAAAAGUUAUGGAGGCUGUUGAUGCUGCCGAUUCCGUUUCUGAUGAUCGAAGAAUGAGUACAUCAAUUAACGUCUCGAUUUCUGGUGAUGGAUCAAUUCGUUCUGAUGGUGAAACUUCACUUGUUAUAAGAUCUCCAGAACCAAUUCAUAUUCUUAGUGUUGCGGUAAGAGAUUUGGGAGAUUUAGAUGAUUUACAGAUGGCAAAUCUUUUCGGAUCAUUUUGUGCACAUCAUCGCGACGAACUGUUAAGUCGUCGUGUUCGUAGAAUAACAUUUGCAGCGCUCAAAAAACGUCAAUUUCCGAAAUUCUUUACAUUCCGUUCACGUGAUUUAUUCGAAGAAGAUCGUAUUUAUCGUCAUUUGGAGCCAGCAUGUGCUUUCCAACUUGAGCUUAAUAGAAUGAGAACAUAUGAUUUGGAAGCACUUCCAACAGCCAAUCAAAAAAUGCAUUUGUAUCUUGGACGUGCAAAAUCUGCGGCAGAUUCAAAAGUUUCUGACUAUCGAUUCUUCAUUCGUUCAAUUAUUCGUCAUUCAGAUCUUAUUACGAAAGAAGCUUCAUUUGAAUAUUUGCAAAAUGAAGGAGAAAGAGUCUUGCUUGAAGCUAUGGACGAAUUAGAAGUAGCAUUUUCACAUCGAUUUGCUAAACAUACUGAUUGCAAUCAUAUCUUUCUUAAUUUCGUUCCUUGCGUUAUUAUGGACCCAGCAAAAAUUGAGGAAUCUGUCACAAAAAUGAUUAUGCGAUACGGUCCACGUUUGUGGAAAUUACGUGUAUUGCAAGCUGAAUUGAAGCUUGUUAUUCGACCAACACCACAAUCAGACACUACAGCUAUUCGUUUGUGCAUAGCUAACGAUUCAGGAUAUUUCUUAGAUAUUUCAAUGUAUCACGAAGUAACAGAAAACGGAGUAAUUAGAUUUAAUGCUUAUGGGAAACGUCAGGGACCAUUACACUUACUAGCUAUAUCAACACCUUACAUGACAAAAGAUUAUUUACAACAGAAAAGAUUCCAAGCACAACAGAAUGGAACGACUUACUGUUUUGAUUUCCCCGACAUGUUUAGACAAAUGACUGAAAAGUUAUGGAAACAAUUCUCGAAAGAUAGACCAAAUGAAGAUAUUCGUAUACCUGAGAAAAUUCUCUUAGAAUGCGUUGAACUCAUUCUUAAUGGUGACACUAUGGAAGAAGUUCAAAGAUUACCAGGUGAAAAUGAUAUUGGAAUGGUAGCUUGGAGAAUCACUUUAGCAACACCAGAAUUUCCAGAUGGCCGAGAUAUUAUUGUUAUUGCUAAUGAUUUGACAUCAUAUAUUGGAUCUUUUGGUCCACAAGAAGAUAUGGUCUUUCAAAAAGCUUCUGAAAUUGCAAGAGAAAGAAAAAUUCCAAGGAUUUACAUCUCGUGUAAUAGCGGUGCACGUAUCGGGUUAGCUGAAGAAAUUAAAUCAAUGUUUAAGAUUGCAUGGGAAGAUCCAGAAGAGCCAGAAAAGGGUUUUAAGUAUCUGUACUUGACAACUGAAGAUUAUAGUAAAAUUGCCAAUAAUAAUUCAGUACGAGCAAUAUUGAUUGAAGAUGAAGGUGAACCACGCUAUAAAAUCACGGACAUUAUUGGAGAGAAAGAUGGUAUUGGUGUUGAAAAUUUACGCUAUGCUGGUAUGAUUGCAAGUGAAACAUCGAAAGCUUAUGAAGAUAUUGUUACGAUUUCUAUGGUAACAUGUCGAACAAUUGGUAUCGGCUCAUAUUUAGUCCGAUUAGGUCAACGUGUUAUUCAAAUUGAGAAUUCACACAUCAUAUUGACUGGAUAUGCUGCAUUAAAUAAACUGCUAGGUCGAAAGGUUUAUGCAUCCAAUAAUCAAUUAGGUGGAACUCAAAUCAUGCACAAUAAUGGCGUUUCUCAUAAAACUGAUGUUUGCGACUUGGACGGAAUUUAUACAAUUCUGCACUGGCUAUCAUACAUUCCUGAUUUCCGUGGUGGUCGUUUGCCGAUUUGUAUUCCAAACGAUCCAAUUAAUCGCAAUAUUGGUUACAUUCCAACAAAGGCUCCUUAUGAUCCACGAUGGAUGUUAGCAGGCCGAGUCAAUCCAGUUAAUCACAAUGAAUGGGAAACUGGAUUCUUUGAUCGUCAUUCAUGGUCAGAAAUUAUGGAACCUUGGGCACAAACAGUUGUUACGGGUCGUGCAAGAUUAGGAGGAAUUCCAGUUGGUGUCAUUGCUGUUGAAACGAGAACUGUGGAAGUGACAAUUCCAGCUGAUCCUGCAAAUUUGGAUUCAGAAUCUAAAACAGUACAGCAAGCUGGACAAGUUUGGUAUCCCGACUCAUCUUACAAAACAGCACAAGCAAUAAAAGAUUUUGAUCGUGAGGAACUGCCAUUAUUUAUCUUUGCAAACUGGCGGGGAUUCUCUGGUGGACAGAAAGAUAUGUAUGAGCAGAUUGUUAAGUUUGGUGCUUACAUUGUUGAUGGAUUAAGAGAAUAUAAGCAACCAGUUAUUAUUUAUUUACCACCAAAUGCUGAAUUGAGAGGAGGCGCCUGGGCUGUUCUUGAUAGUCUCAUUAAUCCACGAUAUAUUGAAACAUAUUCUGAUCCCGAAAGUCGGGCCGGAGUUUUAGAACCCGAAGGAAUUGUUGAGGUGAAAUACAAAGAAAAGGACAUGAUCAAGACAAUCCAACGACUCGAUCCAGCAAUUAUGAAUUGGAACACACAAAUUACGGAACUUGGUGGAGACAAGGAAGCUGUUGCAGCGCUAGAGAAUAAAAUUAAAGAAAGAAUGACAGCAUUAAUGGCUGUAUAUCACACUGUUGCUGUUCAUUUUGCUGAUCUUCAUGAUACACCUGAAAGAAUGUUAGAAAAGGGAUGCAUUAGUGAAAUAGUUCCUUGGAGAACUUCUCGUGUUUGGCUAUAUUGGAGAUUAAGACGACUCAUAUUGGAAGAUCAUUUCGUUAAGAAGAUACUCAAUGUUCAGCAAAGCUUAUCUGUUGGACAAGCAAAAUCCAUGCUGCAAAGAUGGUUUGUUGAAGACAAAGGAGAAACAAAUUCAUUUGUAUGGGAUCAAAAUGAACCAGUUGUUGAAUGGCUUGAAGAACAGAAGAAGGACGAGCUUUCGAUAGUCAAUAGAAACAUAAAUGCUGUAAGAAAAGAUGCCAUUGUAUCACAAAUAAAGAAAGCUCUUGAAGAAUGUCCUGAAGUUGCGCUUGAUGCUGUCGUGGGUUUAUGCUCAAAUCUAUCAGCUGCAAAUCGCGGUGAAGUUGUUCGUACGCUAGCACAGUUAGAAUUCGAGAAUAUGGAAGGAGGUCACUCAUCUAUUUGA